UCAUAGAUUUAUUAUUUCAAAGAUUCAGGUGUCGAAUGAGGCUUGGUAUAACCACACGCUAAGAAAUGACUCCAUAUUUGUGGACUUAUUCCACGGCCAAUUGAAAUCCCGCCUGCAGUGCCCAAAGUGUGACCGGGUAUCCAUAACGUUUGACCCAUUUGUGUACCUACCUGUGCCAUUUCCAAAAAUAACGGUGCAGUAUUCGUCUGAAGGUACGGUACAAGAUCUUCUCGGAGCUCUAUCUGAAGUCGUGCGAGUUCCUACUAAAGCUCUUCGUCUUGUUGAAGUGUUCAGCCAUCGUAUACAGAAGAUCUUCUCGCCAGCCGACAAGGCCAGUGAAAUUUGCAGUGGAGAUGUGUUGUAUGCCUUCCAAGUUCAUGAUGCAGCUGACUGCAACGAACCGGUAAUUGAGCUGUUGGUUGUACAACGCCAACUGUACUCAUCCACUCUUCGUUAUGCGUGUAAUGAGUGUGGCAGAAGCACCGGACGGCUAAAAGCUUGCGAAGCGUGCUAUAAUGCCUACUAUUGUAACAAGUGUGUUUUUUUCUCAUAG